AUGAAGCAGGCGCAAUCGAGAAUUGAGCUGUAUCCAACAUUCUUCCGUAUUGUUCCUGGCGAUCGGAAUCUGAACAACGCGAAGUGCCGUCUGAUCAAUCAUUUCGGUUGGAAGAAGGUCGGCACUUUGAAACAAAGCGAUGAGCCUCGACAUGCUCUGCCACACGAAUCGCUCACCACGAAACUAGAACAUGGUUACGGUAUCAAAGUGGUCUACACUGCAGGCGUCACCAAGCAUGAAAUGGACAACAUCGGGAAUGAGCUAGACGAGCUGAAG